CAUUUAUGUAAGGAAUCUCCAGUGUCAGCAUUUUGUUUAUGCUUUAUGGUUUUUCUGUAACUUGACAAGCUGCAAUUUUGUCUUAUUAACUUCAAGAUAAAAAGAGAGGCUGGUGAGGGAAUGGCUUUUUAUAUAAUGUAAGUGAGUAAAGGAACUAACUUAGUUAUCUUAUGUUCCACAGCAUUAAAUGUAAUUAUAAAUGGAUAAAAAGUAUGAUGUAUCCUUAGUCAUUUCAAUUGCUGUGGUUUUGGGGACAUGCUGUGACAAAAGGCCAAAGAUCAGUGUUUGGUUUAGUUGGGUUCAAUAAUGGUGUUUUGUUCUGUGUGUUUGAUUGAUGUUAUUUACUAACACUACAGGAGCAGAUUAAACACAGCCAAAAGUUUCAGUGCAGUCAGAACACUAAGAAACAAAGGUGAUGUAGUGUCCAGAGGGACGGAUUGUAUCAGCUGGACAGUAAGGUGAUGAAAAUCACUAGAUUAAGGAAGUUGAUUAGUUAAAAUGGACAUUAAUAGAUGAAAAAUGUAUAUUUUGAAAAUCUGUAUUUUGAAACAUGACACUAACAUUCUUGUUGUGUUUGCCACAAUGACAGGUAUAGGCAAAUUUCUGGUCACAACUACAGUACAUGCAGUACAGGCAAUUACACAAAGCAGUUAUUCUCCAAGAAACCAUAUGAGCCACCUUGUUCUUAAACAUGAUGAUUGUUAUGGGUAAACAGUGACUCAUGCACUUGAUGUUUUGACGUUUGUUAUUGCAAACAAUGACAUCCAGCCAGAUCAGGCAGGCUUUUACAGGGUCACCCAAGUGGCCUCCUAGGAUGAGCCUGGCCACCAGGCAGGCACCUGCAAACUAAUUUCAAGGCCUUCAAUAUUUAAUUCUUUAAUUUUUCUUCCAAAUUUCCAGUGUGUGUUGUGGUGGCAGCUGACUCCUCUCGACUCAGUGGCUCUACUCUGAGACUCUACUAGAAUGUCAACCUCCUCACCUUAUCAUAGAGAAUAAGCCUUGCAACCCUACAGAGGAACCAAAUUUCCACUGCCUGUACACACAACCCCAUUCUUUGUCACUACACACAGCUUGUGACCACAGUUGAGGAUCAGGACAUAGAUUGACCAGUAAACGGAGAGCUUCAUUCACAAACUGAGCUGCUUCUUCAUCACCCAGACCAGUAUAGUGACUAACACUGCUGCCACUGACCUGAUCAGUUUGUCAAUCUUGUUUCUCAAUUUCUAUUUCCAUCACUUGUGAAUAAAAUGCUGGGGUAUUUAAAUUAUUCCACCAGGAACAUGGACUCUCAUCUGGAGAGAGCAUCACACUCAUUUCCAGGAGAGAACCAUGGGCUUGGAGUUGGUCUUUUUCAUCCUAGCAGCUUAACACUCAGCAGCAAAUCUAUUCCAUGCAUUUUGAUCUCCUCAGUAGAGGUCAAUUGCAGUUGCGAAGAAGAGUUUGUGUAUGGUCUUAUCUUGCUCUCCUGAAGUGCCAACCAGUUUGCCGGAACAUAAAAAAAAACUUUCACCCAUGCUAUUGUAAAGUGUCGAUUCUAGGGCUGGUGGAUAAGCUCUAAGCUAAGCUUUGUAUGCUUGUUUCUUUGUUUUAUUAAAUAUAAAUGUAUAUAUUAUCCAACAAGGUACCCAGAGUGCUGCUUAUUAUACAAAACAACACAUGCAAAAUACCAGGAAAUAAAGUCCACUAUAGAAUUCCCAUUUCUACUGACUGCUUUUGAUUCAGUGGAGAAUUCAGUGGAGAAUUAACUGGAGGUACGGCAUAUGCUGGAUUUGAAACACUGUUUGAGAGGCUUGAGAAGGUAUAAAUAAACAUAGCACUCUUCUAGUUGUUGUGUCUGAAUGUGUUCUAUAAUGUGACUUCUUUAUUGAGAUUGCGAUCAGCUUCUGUUCUUAGACACUGUUGAAUUAACUGCAUAGAAAUUAUGAAUGAAUUAAUGAAUUAUUCUGAUGUUAUGUAUUUAACUCUGGAGGGCCAUGUGGAGCUGGAGAAAUACAGAUAUUUUUAUUUUGUAAUGGUUCUCACACUUUACAUGUUGAUCAUUAGUUGUAAUGGUCUGGUCAUUUUUGUCAUAUUCACAAACAAACAUCUCCAUGAGCCCAUGUACAUUUUCAUUGCUGCUUUGCUUUGUAAUGCUCUCUUUGGAACAGCUGCUCUUUAUCCGAAACUGCUCACAGAUUUUUUGUCUGAAAUUCAAGUUGUUUCUUUUGAAUCCUGCAUAUUUCAAUCAUUUUGCAUUUAUACAUAUGGUACUUCAGAGUUCACACUGUUAUCAGCUAUGGCCUAUGAUAGAUAUGUGUCUAUCUGUAAACCAUUACAAUAUGCAACAAUUGUAAAAAUGUCCACUGUUAAAAAGCUCUUAUUUUGCUGUUGGUUUCUUCCUUGUUGUGAAGUAGGCAUUACUGCAAUAUUAACAUAUCAACGUAAGCUGUGUAAAUUCAAAUUAAAUCGAAUAUACUGUAAUAACAGUUCCAUGAUUAGAUUGGGUUGUGGAGAUGUUUCUGUAAGUAAUUUGUAUGGACUGUUUGCUUUAAGCAUUGCUGUGUUUCCUCCAUUAAUUUUUGUAUUUUUCUCAUAUAUCAGAAUACUUUCAGUCUGUUUAAAGAAUUCUAAAGAUUUUAGGACAAAAGCUCUACAAACCUGCUUCCCACAUCUAUUAAUUUUAAUCAGUUUCUCCAUCACAACAUGUUUUGAAAUUAUAAAUACUAGAUUAGAAGAAAACAUGCCUCACAUUGCCAGCAUGAUUAUGUCAGUGGAAAAUCUGAUUAUUCCUCCUCUAUUAAAUCCCAUUAUAUAUGGACUGAAACUGAAGGAGAUAUUCAAUAGGAUUAAGAAAAUGGUUUGGAAAAAUAAGAUAAUUGUAUGCCAAGAGGUUAAACAAAGACCUGCAUUUAUUCAUUAGCAGUAUAUUUCUGUACUUUACUAAAUAUUUAUUUGUAGUAAAUCUAAGCCUAUUUAACGUACAAAAAAAUAAAACACCAUAUGUUGUGUUGUUUUAAUAUAAGCUUUUUACUGGUUUGCUCAUUGGAUUUUAUAUUUUCUGAUUAGGAAGCACCAAUAAACCUUAAUGAGCAGCAAUGCAACAGACUUUUCUUAAAAACAAUUACAAAUAUUUACAUUUAAAAUGAGAAAUGAACAUUCAUGUCAAGUAGACAUGAAUGUUAUUGACAUCCAUAUUGCAGUGGUUUGGCAGACAGUUAAACAAACUGAUCAGUUUUAUUCUCCUUGCUUGUGUUGAUUAAACUCUGUACAGCUUUUGAUACCAUAGAUCACAAUCGUCUUCUAGAUAAACUAUAAAAUUUUUAUUUGGUGAUGGUGUUUAUGUAGUAACUCUGGAAGUUCAGAGUUAUAUUCAGCCUUGAAAGACCUUGCUUAUGGACCAUAGACUGUCAUUUGAAGCUCAUGUAGAUAAUAUUGCUAGAAUAGACCUUUUUUCUCAGAAAUAUCACUUGGAUAAGAAAUAUAAUCUCAUUAUUUGAUGCUUUUAUUACCUCUAGGUUGAACUAUUGUAACCUCCUUCUGUCUGAAUGUUUCAGUAGGUGCAUAAACAUGCUCUAGUUAGUCCAGAAUACAACAGCCAGUGUCUUUACUAGAACCAGAAAGGUCGAUCAUAUCACUUAUAUCUUAUCCACACUGCAUUAGUUCCAACUCAAAUUUCAGGCACAGUCUCAGUCUUUAACUCUAGGUUGGAAAACUGUUUAGUCAAGCCUUUUGUCAGAAGUUUUUGUCUUAUAUAAAUGUGCACAUCUGAGGAGUUCAUGGGCAUAGAGU